CCCCCUCGCAGGGCUCCAGCCUCCAUCGAAGAAACUCGUGGCAGCCUUGGCCGGCUCCUGUGUGUAUCUGAUGCGUAUUUCGUAGGUUGACUUCAAUGCUGGCCCCGCUUAACUUGCGGGAAAAUUCAUUCAUGCAUUCAUUUUUAUUGAAUUUAUAUACUGCCGGAUUGAGGUUUGAUGAGGCCCUAACUAAGCUACUGAAGAAGUCGGCUUACCAAAAUGACUGAAUUUGGAGAGGGCAACAAGCCAGCUUCCUAUAAAAGAAUAGUUCUCAAGAAUGCUUCUGAAUACCACUAUCUAAAGAUCCAUUUGGAGUUUCAGGAAGCUGACUUUAGCCUAAAUGCUGUUGAAUUCAAACAACUUAUCAUCUCUGCUCUGAAACGGCUGCAUGGUGAGGUUGGUGCAGCUUUGCUUGUUGAUGUGCUGACAUAUGAGGAAGAAACAUUGUCUGCAGUACUCCGCGUACCUAAUGCUGGCCUCGCAAAGCUGUGGAGUGCUCUGACGCUGUUUGGAUCAUAUCAGAACAGAAAGUGUGCUUUUAGGGUGAUACAGACUUCUCCAUUUCUUCUUGCGUUAGCUGGGAACAGCAGAGAACUGGUGCUGGAUUAAAUAAACUGAAAAGGCAACUGACUUGAGCUGUCUUAAGAUGCAGGUAGCAUGGUUGAAAUGCAGAUUUCUACGUGCGAG